AAGCGAUCGGUGGUGCGAUGUGCCCCACCAAUCAAUGAUGAUAAGCAUAGCCCCAUCAGUGCCACCUGUCGGUGUCCAUCAAUGCCACCUGGCAGUGCCCAUCAAUGCCACCUGCCAGUGUACAUCAGUGUCACAUCAAUGCCACAUACCAGUGCCCAUCUGAGCUGCCUUUCAGUGCCACCUAUCAGUGCCACCUAUCAGAGCCACAUAUCAGUGCUGCCAAUCAGUGCCGCCUAUCAGUGCGCAUCAGUGCCGCCUAUCAGUGCCCGUCAGUGCCGCCUAACAGGUCCAGUCAGUGCCGCCUAUCAGUGCCAGUCAAUGCUGCCUAUCAGUGCCAUAUAUGAGUGCUGCCUUUCAGUGCCCAUCAGUGAUGACUGUCAAUGCCUAUCAGUGCCACCUACCAGUGCCUCCUCAUCAGUGCCACCUAUCAGUGCCCAUCAGUUCAACCUAUCAGUGCUCAUCACUGUAGCCUCAUUAGCACACAUCAGU